GUAAACAAUAUGGCUACCUUUAUGUCACUGUUAAAGAAAGACUGAAUGAAAGGUACCGAAGUCACUAAAAAUAUUCCGUUUUGAGAAAUAGAGUACUAAUGUCAAUAUUCUAUUUUAACUUCACAUAGUGCAUGAUGGGUAAUAGUGAGUCAUCAUAUGAAAGUCCAAAGCCAGUGAAAUCUUUAUUGCAAAAUCAGGCGAGAAUUGAUAAAUUAACUCGUUUUCUAGAAGCUAAAGCAGAAUAUGAGAAAACUGUGGAGGUGUUUGAUGGGAACGGAAUUGAUAAAUAUGAACAAGACAAGCAAAGUAUGAAAAUGUUGAAAGGGCUCUUUAAGAAGUUGGACCCUAGAUAUGAGACUAUGAAAAAUAUUGGUGAAGUUAGUGGAGAAAUACAGCUGUCUUUUAAAUAUGAUGCUGAAAAGGAAUUUUUACUUGUCAAGGUUAUAAAAUGUCGGGAAUUGAGGUGUGGAGGUAUUCGCUCUAAAACUUCCAGUCCAUAUGUAAAGAUGGACAUGUAUCCAGACAACCACAGUCAAGGUUCUCAACUUACUAAAAUUGUUGUUGAAGAAAAUAAUCCAGUUUUCUCGGAAAUUUUUUCCUUUAAAAUUAAUGAAAUUGAAAUAAUUGACAAUAAUCUGGUGAUACAAGUCUGGGAUUAUGACGUAGUUACGCAAGAUGACUUUUUAGGUGAAGUUAUUGUCAGACUUCAAGAUUUCGACUUCAAUAAAUCACCUAUUCAUACAGCGUGGUACACCCUCAAUAUGAAUACUGAUCUAAGUGUUAGUGGUGAUUUAGAGAUAAGUUUAGCUUAUAAGUUACCUCAACAACUCUAUGUAACAGUUCAUCAAGCCACUGGAUUAUCUCCCCCUGAUGGCCAGUCGUCAUCCAGUCCAUUCGUCAAGGUAGCUAUUCCUGGAACUAAAUCUGUUUACAGUUCACAGGUUGUGCGAAACUGUUUAGAUCCACAGUGGAAUGAAACAUUUGAAUUCUUGGUUCCUCAAGAAGAGUUAGCUUUCAGAUAUAUUGUUUUCCAUGUUGUUGAUGAGAACGAUAACUAUGGUAACUCAUCUCUUGGACAAGUCAUACUUGACCUUGAUACAUUUGACCCUGAAAAAGGUCAUCAUGAGAGUUAUAAGCUUGCUGAUCUGAAAAAUUCAGAACAUUUGAAAAAUAAGACGUCUCAAACGGCAACAUCUCAAGAAUUUAGAGAAUCUUUUAUGGCACAUGCUUCUAUUCGUCAUCCUCAGUUCCUGUUUCAGAAAGAAUCCCAAACUGGCAAAAAGGUUUUUACGUUGACCUGUAGAAAAGCUAAAUGUAAAGGCAGAAUCAGGGCUGUUGAUGGAAUCCUGGUCGCUUGAGGAAAAUCAGGGCUGUUGAUGGAAUCCUGGUCACUUGAGUUAAUAAUAAAAAAAUAUUAACGCGAACCAUUUCAAAUACUUUUUCAAAGACUCGAUACAAACUACAUGAUCAUAAUCUACAUGAUCAUAAUCUCAAACAUACAGAUUCCAGAUCAUAAAACAUUUUUAGUUCAACAUUUUAUAUUUAAAUUGCCUUUUACAAACCAAAAUAUGUGCUUCCUCAUUUAUUAUCAGGCGCUGAGUUCACAAAGCAUUCUCAGACUUAAAGAUACAUUAUGGGAGAUUUUUAUAGAGAGUUGGCCAUUCUUGCUAUAACAGUUCAAAAGUAGAUGAUGAAAGAAGAAUAUAUUGAAAAAUUCAGUCAAAUUACUUUAUUCUGAACAUAGUUAUCAUCGUUGUAAUAUUUGCCUAGAAAUGGUAGCGAAAUGUGUCUUCACCUUCGCCGGUCGUUUGAUUGACAGGCGUUAACUCCACCUACAUAUCUCGAUUAUUAAGUAAAGUUUUCAAUAGCAUACGGAAACGCUUUACAGCGGCCUUGCUAAGUACACUCUAUCAUUUAGCCUCGAUCUAACUGAUGUAUUUUCAUCAGGUUACCCCUUAUCUGAUUUAAUCAAUUAGUGAAAUCCUAUUUAAAUCCGAGCUGUAGCCGAGCCAUCCCUGGGUCUACAGAGUUGAUUUUGGUCUUGUUGUUUAAAUAAAGAUCUAAUUUAUAAUUUCUAUAACAUCUGAAGCCUAAAUUAAGACUUGCAAUAAUCAGAUUUAGCUCUUGCAUAAUGCAUGUUUAAGUUAAGAAUUUACACAAAAUUGUUCGCCUUACUUUAACUAAAAUAUAGCCCUUUAUAAAACUUUUAUUGUUUUAAUGUAUCAAAUACAUCAAUAAGAAACUAUGUGCAAACUUUUGUGUUUCUGGAUCCCAGAUAUUUCUCAUAAACAGUGAAUGAAAGUUGAGUAAAUUCUUAACUUAAAGUAGCUAAGUCUCUAACUCAAUAUCAUCCAAAAUCUUCGACAUUGUAAACACAAUUUUAUUUGUAGGUUUAAAUCAACAUUGAUGUUGUGAUAUUACCGGGAAAAGAUGGCCUUCUGAUAUCCAAUAUUUAAAGACAAAAUAAACAUUUUACAAUUGGUACACGAAUUGUUUACCAUAAUGCGUUUCAGCGCUAUUUGUAAUAAGGGACUCGAAAAACGAGGCUAGGCAUAUUCCACAAGUUAUGUCAAACGGUGACAUCAUAUUCUUAUCUGGAGAGCAUGCCAAAUAAAUACUAUCGGCGUAGACUGGAAUAACCAGACGCUAGAGAUUGAAAUUCGGUUGAGAAUACUGGCGUAUUUCGCCGAACCUAACUGAUUAGAAAUUACAGUAAAAACAGGAACGAUUGAAUGUAAAUCAAUUUAUAUACAUUCAUAUUACAUUAUUGUAUGCGUUGCGACCCAUUUGUGUCAAUUUCUAGGUCCCAAAUAUUAGCGACUUAGCUCCUUUAAGUCUGAGAAUGCUUUGUGAACUCGGGGCCCGAUUUAAAAGACAUGUUGAUGCUGUAACAGGGAGAUGAAAAAAUAUAACUGAGUUGAGAAAAAAUUGUCUGUCAAUUGGCAUUUUAAACAUACAUUAUGCAAAAGCUAAACCUGCCAAUUGCAGGUCUUUUUUUAACCCUGAAAUGUUAUCUAAAUUAUUAAUUAGACAUAAAUUAACUUAUCCAGACCAUAAUCAACUCUCGAUGGCAUCGCUAGCCUGCAAUAUUUACUGGAUUAGAACCUGGUCUGCUGCUUCUGAUUAAAUCAAAAAAUGGAUAAUUGAGACUAUAUUUUUUAUCGUGCCGACUUUAGUAAUGAUGAUAGAGGCUAGACCCCAAAUUCAAUCAGUAAAUACUUGGUUCAGGGUGGAUCAAUUUGACUGGAAUUUUCAGCAAAUUCCCUUUACAUUAUCUAGUUUUAAACUAUUAUAGUGCGAACUACCAACUCUUUAUCUAAUCUCCCAUAAUUUAUCUUUAAUGUAUUGCUCUAUAUAUUGAUGUUUACCCGACAGUUAGACUUGAUGAGCUGCAAUAUUUUACAAAUUUUAUCGUUUGUUAUGAUGUGUGUGUUUUUGUUUAUAUUGUAUUUACUUAAAGCCACUGGGCGGGUUGGAUGGUCGAAUGGUUAGCACAUGCAUGUUGUAUCAUAAGGUCUGUCAUUGAGUCAAGUGGCGUGGUUUUGAUUCCCCGCUUGUACAUGUGACAAGGAAGGAGUAGGGUCGGAAGGAGUAGGGUCGUCUGUCCACCCUCAUGGGUUUUUUCGAGGUCCUCCCACUGCUAAAGACAACUACGUGCAAGCAAAUUAUUGAAAUAAAAUUGAACCAUGUUAGUCCCAAAAUGACCUAGUUUGUGUCAUGGAGGUUACUCUCUCUGUUUAUUGUAAUAAGUACUAGCUCGAUACCCAACUUCACCUCAGGCCCAAGAUCUGUGACUUUGACCUUCAUAAAUCUUGCCCUAAAAGAUUAAUGGGGGUCAUGCUGGUUAAUUUGAUACCACAUAUGUGGAGAUGGC